AUGUUUGUUGUCGCAGUAGCAAUGUGCUAUGAUGUUCUGUUCGCCUGCAUAAUACUUCUGGGAACAAGUAGAGUGGCAUUGACCGUCCGGCUCCAGCCGUUCGUGUUUCCGGAGAAGACAGUUGUGGGCACGAAGGUCUCCGUGAUGUGCACCACCGUGGAAGAAAUUCCCAACGUCCAGUUUCGGUGGUACAAAAACGGCAGCCCGUUAGCCGCUUCCGAGUCGGAUUCUCGCGUGCGACUAAGAACCUUCCCGGAUGUCUCGACCCUCGUCAUCGGUCCUCUCGAAGAAGGCGACAGCGGUAACUACACUUGCACCGGUACCGCCAGGUCCAGGAGCGAUUCCCACACCGAAGUGCUGUCCGUCUUGGGUGAGCUUGUCCGGACAACGUUACAAAAUAGUUCUUCUUACUCAGAAAAGCAAAACGGAUGUGAUUUUAAAAAAAUUAUAAAAGUUCCACCUAAGUGGAUUCAUGAACCGCACGACGCUGAUCUCCGGGAGGGACAGAACCUGUCUGUUCGAUGCGCAGCAACAGGACGCCCGACACCGACUAUUCAAUGGAAGCUAAAAGGAAACACGAAUGGGGUUCCGGUCAACAAGUCCCGUGCAGAGCUGCUGACCAUUUCGAAGGCAACCAAGGACGUCGCCGGGACAUACGUCUGCACAGCCGGCAACGGACUCCCAGGCACGUUGUCCAAGGAAAUAAGAAUUAAAAUUUUCGGUGAGCAUUCUCUUCGUUGGAAGCACCUAUAA